GGCCCAACCAUAUUCCCAGGCAAGUUGCUUGUUCAAAACCCCCCACUUCUUUUCCAGGUCACUUCUUCUUCUUCUCCUCUCGGUUUCCAUCAGGUGCUUGUCAGCAUCUCCUGAUACUCAUCACAAACCUAUACACACAAACACUUGUAUCUAUACUUGAUCUAGGUCUCAAUCAUGUCGUUGAGACCUAAUGCGAGAACCGAGGUUCGCCGGAGCAGGUACAAGGUCGCCGUCGACGCCGAGGAAGGACGGCGCCGGCGAGAGGAUAAUAUGGUGGAGAUCAGGAAGAAUAAAAGAGAAGAGAACUUGCUUAAGAAGCGCCGUGAAGGCCUUCAAGCUCAGCAAUUCACUGCCACUGCUGCUCAACUUGCACAGAAGCUAGAAAGUAUUCCCGCAAUGGUAGCUGGUGUUUGGUCUGAUGAUGGAAAUUUGAGACUUGAAGCCACUACGCAGUUCCGGAAACUACUUUCAAUAGAGCGCAAUCCUCCUAUUCAGGAGGUUAUUCAAUCAGGAGUUGUUCCUCGUUUUAUUGACUUUCUCGGCCUAGAUGAAUUCCCACAACUUCAGUUUGAGGCCGCCUGGGCUCUCACAAAUAUUGCAUCCGGAACAUCUGAACAUACUAAAGUUGUGAUUGAACAUGGUGCUAUACCCAUUUUUAUUCGGCUUCUCGCUUCUCCAAGUGAUGACGUCCGGGAGCAGGCUGUCUGGGCGCUUGGUAACGUUGCUGGUGACUCACCCAAAUGUCGAGAUCUUGUUCUUAGUCAGGGAGCUCUGAUACCAUUGCUAGCGCAGUUCAAUGAAAAUGCAAAGCUUUCUAUGUUAAGGAAUGCAACAUGGACUUUGUCAAAUUUCUGUCGGGGAAAGCCGCAACCUCAUUUUGAACAGACAAAGCCUGCUCUACCUGCUCUAGCUCGGCUUAUACAUUCAAAUGAUGAAGAAGUCCUUACUGAUGCCUGCUGGGCUCUAUCAUAUCUUUCUGAUGGUACCAAUGAUAAAAUCCAAGCUGUCAUAGAUGCUGGUGUUUGCCCGCGACUGGUUGAGCUUUUACUGCAUCCGUCAGCUUCUGUUCUCAUCCCUGCCUUGCGAACAGUGGGUAAUAUUGUUACAGGAGAUGAUAUGCAGACCCAGGUUAUCGUACAGCACCAAGCUCUUCUAUGUCUUCUGAAUUUGUUAACAAAUAAUCAUAAGAAGAGUAUCAAGAAGGAAGCUUGUUGGACUAUCUCAAACAUCACAGCUGGUAAUAAAGAACAGAUACAGGCUGUUAUCGAGUCGGGUAUAACUGCUCCUCUCAUCCAAUUGCUUGAGAAUGCUGAGUUUGAAAUAAAGAAAGAGGCGGCCUGGGCAGUGUCAAAUGCUACAUCUGGUGGAACAAACGAGCAAAUCAAAUUCUUGGUCAACCAAGGGUGUAUAAAGCCAUUGUGUGAUCUAUUAGUUUGUCCUGAUGCAAGAAUUAUCACUGUCUGCUUGGAAGGCCUUGAAAAUAUUUUAAAGGUUGGUGAAGCUGAGAAGAACUUGGGCACCACAGGUGAUGUGAAUUUGUAUGCCCAGUUGAUUGAUGAAGCUGAGGGCCUAGAGAAGAUUGAAAAUCUUCAGAGUCAUGACAACACCGAAAUAUAUGAGAAAGCAGUGAAGGUUCUUGAAACAUAUUGGUUAGAGGAAGACGAUGAGCAGUUACCAGUGGGUGAUACUCCGCAAUCUGGAUUGGAUUUUGCAGGAAAUGCACCUGCAGUUCCAUCUGGUGGGUUCAGUUUCAGCUAAAGGAAUUCGUGUUGUUUUUGUGAAGUGAAUAUCAGUUUUUGUCCGAUGAAGUAUUAUCCUCUCUGGCUGGACCUGGAAUAGUCCCUAUUACUAUCAGUUUUUUGUUACAAAAAUUUACAUGUAAUUAAGGAGGUAUAGUAGUUCCUGUAAUGUGAGGCUAUCGACCUGGGUUGCCAACUUGCCGUCAAAUUUCUAUGAAUGUGAUCAAUAUCUUAAAUGUUGGUAAAUUAUUUUUGCGGA